AUGGACAGGGCCAACCUGGUGGUGGUGGGGAUGAUGGAGGUGGACAUCAGCGUCAGCAUGUGCACACCCAAAAGAGUUGCUUUCAGCAGCAUAAACAAUGAUCCCUGUUACAACUAUGAGUCUCUGGAUCGUCCGUGGAGAGCAACAACUGAAAGAGGAUUGGAGAUUAGUGAUAUAAUCUUCUCCUGGAAUGGCUGGUACAGACUUUAUCAUUAUGGGAUGAACAUCCAAAUGCCAGAGAGCUGUGUUAAUGCAUCCAGCUGUAACUCAUACACUGGUCUGACACUUAAUGGUCCUCACCCUCAGAUAGAAGAUGGGGUGGUCAUCCAUGUCAGCACUGUAACACAGGCGGACCACACAACACCUUCAGCUAUGAUUACUGGAUCCAGCUUUACCAUGAGUGAUCCAUGCUCAAACUACAACAUUUUGGAUGAAUAUUGGAGGAACACACACAAUUACUGGUAUUGGUAUGGAUAUAUAAAUGAACAUGAUGACACUCGUGUUAAAUGGGACGGCUGGUAUCGACUCUUCCUCAAUGGAUUGAGCGCUCAGAUGCCUGACUGGUGCGUUAGUUAUAUGUCAUGUGGAGGUUUCAGUUCUCUGUGGCUUGCUGGUUCUCAUCCUGGAGUAGAAGAUGGAGUUGUUACUCGUGAAGUUCACGGCUCUCAUUAUAAUCAGUGCAGUCGUUUCACAUCAAAUCCAAUCCAAGUCAAAGCCUGUCCUGGAGAUUAUUAUGUCUACAAAUUCACCAGACCAAGUCUAGCGAUCGCAGGCCCUUCAUAUUGUGCAGUUUCUUUCAGUACACCAAGUGUCGACCCCUGUGACAGCUACACCAGUCUGGAUCACUCCUGGAGAGCCACUAAUUAUCCAGUAUAUAACUACAAUUUCAAGUGUGAUUAUAAUGUCAAGUGGAACGGCUGGUACAGACUUUUCCUCGAUGGUCAGAGUACUCAGAUGUCAGAAUCAUGUGUUGGUCAGGAGAUGUGUGGGACUUAUUACCCAAUGUGGCUCAAAGACCCUCAUCCACAGCUGGAAGAUGGAGUGGUCACACGACAUGUCUGUGUGUCCUCAUGGAACGGCUGUUGUGGUUGGGAAUCUCAUCCCAUACAAGUCAAAGCCUGUCCAGGAAAUUACUACGUUUAUGAGUUUGUCAAACCAAUGGUCUGUGCUGCUUACUGUGCAGAAGGCAACACCACACUGCCAAUCCAGACGACAGCAGAGACUCCGCCCACAGAAUCACUGGUAAAGUAAUCUACUGCUUUCUUUAUAAGGGU